CUGCAACCCAGCCUUUUGUCGACCUUUUUUGAUUUUGUUGUUGUCGUUUGUAUUUUUUUUGUGGUCGUGUGAUUCUCAUCUCACUUAGUCUUGUCAUUGAGUCAAGUCACAUCUGCGAGUCUACAGUUCACUCUACUCGGACCAAAAAAAAUGUUCAACAACCGAGUGGUGGUCCACGCCGGACGGUGUACAGCAAGGGCCACGCGACAGAAGGUUUCGUCGACAAUAAUGACAAAAAGAAAUCUCGCCAAUGUCGCUCCGGUCGAUUCGGCCUCAUCAAAGAGUCACAAGGUCGUGGUCAUCGGGGGCGGAUCUGCGGGUGUCGCCAUCAGUCACCAACUUUUGCGCACGGGCAAAUUUGCUCCUCGAGACAUCGCCGUUGUUGAUCCCGCGACCUGGCAUCACUUCCAACCUGGAUGGACACUGGUCGGAGGAGGCCUCAAGAAGAAGCAGGACCUCCGGAGACCGAUGAAGGAGCUGUUCGACCCGAAACUGGAGUUCUACCACGACAGCGUCAAGGGAUUUUCACCCACAGAAAACUUCAUCACCCUCUCCAACGGCGACAAGGUCAGUUACGAACAGUUGGUCGUCGCUCCGGGAAUCAAGAUCGACUAUGCCAGCAUCAGGGGUCUGUCGGAGGCUCUGGAGGAUCGGUCCUCGUCGGUGUCGACCAUCUAUGGUUAUGACUCGUGCGACAAGGUGUUUGAGACCAUCCAGCGACUCAAAAAGGGAAACGCCAUCUUCACCCAGCCUGCCGGCGUCAUCAAGUGCGCCGGAGCACCUCAAAAAAUCAUGUGGCUGGCUGUCGACUUCUGGAAGAGGGCCGGCCUGUACGAUCCCGGCAACGUGGUCAACUCACCCAUCCAAGUCACAUUUGCCACCGGAUUGCCCGUCAUGUUUGGCGUGCCAAAAUACAGUGCCAAGCUCAACGAGAUGCGUGAAGAGCGUGCCGUCGAGGGUCUGUUUAAGCACGACCUGAAAUCCAUCGACGGCGACAAUGCCACCUUUGCGCACGUCGAGACGGGCGAGCAGGUCACGAGAAAAUUCGACCUCUUGCACGCCGUGCCGAAGAUGGGCCCCCACGACUUCAUGAAGACCAGUGGACUGACCAACGAGGCCGGCUACGUGGACGUGGACGAGGCCACUUUGCAACAGAAGAACUACCACAACGUCUGGUCGUGCGGCGACGCCUCCAGUCUGCCGACAUCGAAGACGCUCGCGGCCAUCACCUCUCAGGUUCCCGUGUUGGUCAAGAACCUGAUGGACACCAUGGAAGGCAAACAACACAACCAGACCUACGACGGCUACACGUCUUGCCCCCUCUUGACAGAAUACGGAAAAGUCAUGCUCGCCGAGUUCAAGUACGGAGGAGAGCCCAAGGAGACGUUUGGUAACUUGAUGGGCAUCGACCAGGCUACCCCGAGACGCGCAUUUUAUCAUCUCAAAAAGGAUUUCUUCCCAUGGAUAUACCACAAGGCUCACGUCAAGGGAACGUGGCAUGGACCCAAAGGCUGGAGACCAUGAGCUUCCGUCACACAUGUAUGACUAUAUUUUUUAUUUUUCAAAAGAAGGAAUUAUUGCUUUGUAUGGAAUUUAUUUUGAAUCCUCAGUCAAUGAUACGAAUAAAAGAGAGCAAUUAAAGUGUGCGUACCUCUCCAGUGCUGUCGAUGGUAUGGGCUUAAGGGAGCAGAGUACAACCCUCAACGUUGUUUGGUAUUCAGAG